AUGGUCCUCAGUCACCCGGGAAGCGGCGUUGACAGCGUUGGCGGUUUGCCCAACUACCCUCGCUACGCUGGCCCUCCCUGGAUAGACGUCGGGACGUUCAAGGACAAGAGGAUCAAGACUGUGCAGCUGUUCGGGCUUGACCACUGCGUGCGGCAUGCGUUCGAGCGCGUCCUUCCAGAGCACCCGAACAAGAUGGAGAGGUCUCUCGAGUUUGGGUUCGAGGUGGGCGGGCUCAGCAGCGUUGCGAGCCUGCGCGCGGACAACGCCGCUCUCGAAGUGGAGACGGAACGCGGAGUCCUGCGCGUGGUCGGCCAUCCCGCCGCGGUGGAAGAGCUUUUCGGCCGGGCCGUGAAGCUGCUGUCAGAGGCUCUGCCGGCGUUCGUCCAGUGGGUCGACAUGGUGGACAACGGCACCUUGCGACGGCUCAGCACGGACGAGGAGAUUGAAGCGAUUACUCGAGCGGGCGGUGUCGCCAAAGACCAGGUCAAGCUGGCGCCGAUGUGGCACAAGACGCGCAUGUUGGUGCAGCUGCUGGUGCCGGGAGGGAACCAGCAGGCGAUGGACAGAGUUUGCCUUGCCCUCAGAAAUCGCGCGACGAAAAUCUGCGAGCGAAACGUGAGCGUGUACGUGGGGCCCAUCGCCAUCAAUAAGUCCACGACCGUCCGGCCCCGCAAGAGAGCCGCCGACGGCGUCAGCAAGGAGCACCAGCAAGUGUUCGUCGUCGGUCUGUCGGAGGCGGUCGGGGUCGACCUGUGGCUCGACGGCCAUUUCGUCAGGGGAGAGGUUGACGACGCGGCCGCCCGGGAGGCAUGCCAGGCCCGGCUAGAGGAACAGAAGCGUAUCCUGCUACAAGAGCUCGGCAUUCGCGAAGAAGAGGCUACAGUGGGGAUGAUGCCCGUGCUGGAAAGUUUCCUGGCCUUCUUCCGGGCGUGCUUCGGAGAGGAUAUCGUGCGGGAUAGCGAGAACUCCUUGGUCUCCGUCGUCGAAAGGGGCGACUGCCGCACGACCGAGUCGGUCGCCAGAUACCUGGAGCACGGGCUCCGCGUGUGCCGGGAGGAAGGCGUCAAGCCGUGCGAGUUCUCGCUGCUUCGAGCCAGGAGCGCGUUGACAGGCGAGACGGAGGAUGCCGACCUUCACGUGCUCUGCCGAACAAAGGGCAUGGCCACCGCGCGCUCCCUCUGCAAGAUCUCUGACUGCCACGGCAUUUGCGCGGACUUGGUCCCGCCAACUGUCCUCAAUUUUUCGGCACCUUCGUCGGUUGACGGCGGCGGCGGCGGCGGUUGUGGUAGCGACGGGGAGCGGCGUUCGCCGGACCUGCCCGAGUACUCCGGUCCCCCCUGGGCGGACGUGGACACGCUCACGAGCAAGGACGUGAAGGUCUUCCAGCUGUGGGGUCUAUCCGGCUCCGUCGCCCCGGCGUUUGACCACCUGGUCUCUCAGAGGACGAACAGGUCGGUGAACAGGUGCCUCGAGCUCGGGUCCGGUGCGGGCGACCUCAGCAACGCUAUCCCUGACAACUUGGCGAAGGGAGCAACGGUUAAGCUCGAAGACGGCGGUCAAGUCGUGCACGUCGCCGGUCAGCGCGCCGUCGCGGACAAGGUGUUCUGCGCCGUUGCGGAGUCCCUGUCGGAGGUCGUGCCGGACGUCAUCCAGGCGGUGGACAUGAAGAGUACGGGUGCCAUGCGAAUAAUGGCCACGAGUCAUGCAGUCCAAGAGAUGGCACGAGCGGGCGGCGCAGACGUAGACGAGAUCAAGAUGUUUCUUGUCUGGCUCGAGAAUAGCCUCGUGGUGCAGAUUACGGGUGGCAACGAAGGGAAGCUGCAAGCGAUGUGUCAAGUUCUCCGUCACGCGGUGCGGCAAUGGCGUGCCCAGAACGUGAGCGUCGAGCUCAGCCCCAUGCUAGUCAGCAAGGCCGCGCAGCGCUAUGGCCGUAACGUUGUGGCGGGCGGCGUCAAGGACAUCCGCUAUCGGUUCGUGGAGACACUGUCGGAGGCCGUGGGGGUCGACCUGUGGCUCGACGGCCUGGAGCUCAGGGGACAAGUCGUCGACCCUUGUGGGCAAGCGUCCGCCCAGGCAAAGCUCGAAACGGAGCGACGAAUAAUGUGA